AUGGGGUCGUUCGUCGGCCACGUGGUUCAGGACGUUCUUCGCUCUUCGGCGUCUGGUUCACGUGAAUUCGUUACGGGGUUCGUCGACGGUAAGUUUCACCUCGGUAACGCCCAACACAUGACUAUGUUCUUCUUCUUCGGGCUGAACGGCGCCGUGGACAUGAUCACCCACUACCGCGUACCUCUCCCGCCUGACAUGGAUUUCGUCUCCUCGAUCCUGGCUCUUGGUAUGGAGGCCCUCAUCUUCUUCUACCACCUACACGGCCGGAACCCCAUGGAUAUACAGGUACACAUGCUGCUGGUGUACGUGGUGGUGGCGAGCGCGGUGUCGGUGACCAUGGAGAUGUGCUACAAGACAAACCAUCCUGCCAGCACUGUGCCGCUGUUACUUCACCCUCCUACAGGUGAGGGGGGGAGGCAGCUGAAGGGGGAAGGGAGGAGAGACAGUUUAAGGGGAAAGUCGGCUUAUAACACGUGGUUCUAUCAGAUCGGGUUCAUCUUAUACCCACCAUGGGGGGAGAAGUGGGCAGAGCACGACACUGGCCAGAUGAUGAUCGUCACCCUCUUCACUUGGCACAACGCCACAAUCUUCGUCAUCAUGGUGCUGGCUGGCUUUCUCAUCUACCUGCGAGUUAAAGCACUGCCGCCCUCCGCCCUCUAUCACAGCCUUCACCACCACCUCCCACAGGUCCCGAGCCUCAAGAACUACGAACCUGAUCAUACCAAAAACAUCCUCCAAGACUCCGACGAAGAGGAAGUAUGAGAACUGUUCAGGCGUCGACGUGUAGGGUAGGAGUAGUGAGGUGAAGGGUCGUAUCGUACCUGUGGUGAUCAAUGAACUAAUGUUGUGGUUUUGUAGUAUCAGGGAUAAUUUUGGUCAUAUCUUAAUCAGGGUCAUAUUUCCAUAUGCAAGGAGAUACGCUAAAUGAAGUUAUGUAUCUCCUGUAGAUGUUUAAGUAUUUGCAUUUCAUUAUCGAAUUUAUUGUAUCGUACUUAGUUGUUGUUCAAGGCCUGAUAUAGCGGUAGAGGCCAGCGUGGAGAGGAAGCUCUAUACCACGUGUUUAGUUGUUUCUGUCGACGUUUGUACACUCGUGCCUGACUAUUGAUGUUUAUAUAAACGGCAAUAGAAAACUAGAUAAACAUGAUAGCGUCUCAGAUACGCACACUACACACAAUUUUUUGUGUCAUCCUCGCACCCGUUAACUAGUUAAACUUAUACAUACAUGUAUGUAAAUAAAAAAUGAAAUUUACCCACUGCAAUUGCUUCGUAACUGUGGAGAAAAACUGUUAAUAUCGUCUACAGUACACGGAGCUGUUAACAUGACACCAUAGCGGUAUCACAUACGAUUUAGAAACGAACGGGUUUCCAAAGACAAUUUCUAUCU